CUGACCCUGUGAACUUCAAUACACGUCCAUGAUCGACGUGGGAUCUCCCAUCAGCGCCCACUGUGCAAACAAUUAAAGGCAACUAGGUUUAUCCUCAACCACCACACCGUAAAGUUCACUUCAUGGCAAAGAAGGCAUCUGGUUCAAAUGAUAAGAAAGGGACCGACAAGGCUGGGAAGGCCAAAGCCAAAGCGGCUGAUACGAAUGCCAGUGAGAAGCAAGCAAAGGGAAAGGGUGGGCUGAAAGCCGCAACAGCGGUAAACGUUCGCCAUAUUUUGUGCGAGAAGCAUUCGAAAGCCACAGAGGCCUUGCAAAAGAUUCAAGAAGGACAACGGUUUGAUAAAGUCGCUCAGGAGUACUCAGAAGACAAAGCUAAAGCGGGAGGAAGUUUAGGAUGGAUGACCAGAGGAUCUAUGGUGGGACCAUUCCAAGACGCUGCUUUUGCUUUGGAGCCAUCUACCGUUGAUAAGCCGGUCCUGUCCGGCCUGGUCAAGACGAACUUCGGAUAUCAUAUUAUCAUGGUAGAAGGACGUCGAUGAAAUAUUAUCUAUGUACUUUACUCUGUAAAGGUUUCUUGUUGUCAUGUACCAUCUAUUCCUUGUACUUGUAUUGCUGAUUUACCUCGGAACAAUUAUCUCGCAUUCCGUCCCAUAAUAAUAUAAUACACAAGUAAACCCAAAUAUUAUGCGAGGAAUACAAAGCGAGUACAAGAUACAUACAUUAUAGGUAUGACAAGAGCAGUUCAAUGAUAGAAACAAGAAUAACACGACAGCGGGAGGAAAUCAAAAUCUCAACCACGAUAGACUUGCAUAUCGUUAGCCGGGGGUGCCCAACCGGGAUGAACGUAGGUAGGUG